ACAAGAUAACACAACACCACGUGAAAUCUAUGCGUUAAGAAAAGGCACAAGUUGAGAAUGAGAACAAUAGUAUAAUAUUAUAAGGGUGUGCUUCCUAAUCCAAUCCAAUUCAUCAGUGAGGCACCCAGCUCAUUUAAGGUGCUUCAACAGCAUCAUCUGCAUCAAUAUCAUCGUCCUUAAUUGUGGAGACACAACAUCAUGGAUUCUCCUUUGUUGUCACAAGACCAUGUUUUGCCCAACAAACACACAUGGAAGAUGAGCCUUUGUGCUAUCGUGGCUAUCACAAUUGUUGGACUAGUAGUCAGAGGCAACACUAGCUAUGGAAUACUGUCCGGAGCAGAAAAAUAUAAUGAUGGAAUCGCAACCAAUCAGGGAGAUAUUGUUGAAUCAGAUGUGGGAGUUGUUGCAACCGAUGAUGCUCGGUGUUCUGCAAUUGGUGUUUCAAUGCUUAGGCAGGGUGGACAUGCUGUUGAUGCUGCAGUGGCAGCAGCAUUAUGCAUUGGUGUUGUUUUCUCGGCAUCAAGUGGUAUAGGAGGUGGCGCUUUCAUGGUUGUUCGAUCUUCUUCAUCCUCUCAAACUCAAGCUUUUGACAUGAGAGAAACUGCUCCUUUAGCUGCUUCACAGAUAUCUACAACUUAUGUUUGUGUAUAUGUGUGAAUGUCAACAAACAGAAUAUGUAUCAGAACAAUCCCAAAGGUAAGACCUUAGGUCCAUUGUCAAUGGGAGUGCCUGGUGAAUUAGCUGGCCUUCAUGCAGCCUGGUUGAAGCAUGGACGAUUGCCAUGGAAAACCUUAUUCCAACCAGCUAUAGAACUUGCUGGAAAGGGUUUUGUUGUUACUCCUACUCUUGGAGAGUACAUGGCUGCUGAUGCAAAUAAGAUAUUGGAUGAUCCUGGGUUAAGAAAACUAUAUGCACCCAAUGGAACUUUGUUGAAAGCUGGGGAUGUGUGUAGAAAUGUUGAACUUGGUAGCACCUUGGAGGUAGUGGCUGAGCAAGGGCCACAAGCUUUCUACAAUGGAACCAUUGGUGAAAAUUUAGUCAAGGAUGUCAGAGAUGCUGGUGGGAUUUUAACAAUGGAGGAUUUACACAAUUACAAGUUGGAAGUAACAGAUGCAACGACUGUGAAUGUGAUGGGAUACACCAUAUAUGGAAUGCCACCUCCUUCAUCUGGAACACUUGCUCUUUCUCUGGUUCUGAACAUCUUGGGCAGUUAUGGAGGUUCUAAUGCUGCAAGGGGAAAUCUUGGUCUACAUCGACUAAUAGAAGCUCUGAAACACAUGUGGGCUGUUCGAAUGAACUUGGGUGACCCCAACUUUGUAAACAUUGAUGAUACUAUAUCCAAAAUGCUUUCCCCAUCUUUUGCAAAAGAUAUUCAGCACAUGAUACUUGAUAACACUACUUUCCCUCCAGAGUACUAUAUGAACAGGUGGAGUCAACUUAGCGAUCACGGGACAAGCCAUAUGUGCAUUGUCGAUGCUGAUAGAAAUGCUGUAUCACUAACAACAACUGUUAACUAUCAUUUUGGAGCCGGGUUUCGUUCUACUUCUACUGGUAUCUUGGUCAACAAUGAGAUGGAUGACUUCUCUACUCCCACUGAUAUAUCCCCGGAUAAACUACCUCCCGCUCCAGCAAAUUUUAUUGAACCAAACAAAAGACCAUUGUCUUCCAUGACUCCUCUUAUUGUCACAAAGGAUGAUCAGUUGGUUGGGGUACUUGGAGGGAGCGGUGGAAUGAACAUUAUUGCAGCCGUAGUUCAAGUCUUUCUUAAUCAUUUCAUCUUGGGAAUGAAACCCUUGGAUGCAGUUGUGAGCCCAAGGAUCUAUCACAAGCUAAUACCAAAUGUAGUUCGUUAUGAGAACUUGACUGCUCAUAAUGGCGAUCACAUUGAGCUUUCAAAAGAAAGUAGGCUUUUCCUAGAAGAGAGAGGUCAUCAACUGAGAGGUUCUGAAGCACUAGCUGUGACUCAGCUUAUUGUGCAAACUCUCAAAACGCCUAUGAACUUCAAUAGGAAAGUUGGUGAAAACACCAAAUCACUUACAAAGCAUGGCACUCUAACAGCAGUAAGUGACCCUAGAAAGGGUGGAUGUCCAGCUGCUGUUUAAUUAUAUUGAUCAAUUCAGGUUCAAAAUUGUUAAAAAACAGAGGCAUUUCAAAACAAUUUUCAAUUUUUUAGCCAUGUUGUAUCAACACCAUCCAGGACAAAAAAAAAAAAAAAAAAGAAAGAAAACGAUUUGGUCAUCAUUCUUCAAACAAUUAAAAACCCGAUGAAACUUUGUUUUCUGAUACCGCAGUUACGCACUUAGAAUACAAGGUGAACUGUUUUUUGCGAGAAUAAUAAGCCAUUGGUUAGUUAUUGUGGGAUAAAAUAGUUUGAACGAGGCAUGAAGCUUAUGAAUUAAGUAAAGGUUCAUAUAGUGAGAGAAUUGGUGCCCUUGGGGCAUUGUGAGAUGGAAACACUCCUAUAGUGUGUGUUCUAAUUUGUAAUAGAGAGGUUCUUCCCCACUCUUUGAGAAUGAUACAAGUUCCUAUAAAAGAAACAAUCAAAUUUAGAGUAUUAAAUGCCAAAGAAAGAGUAUUACAAGAG